AUGUGACCAGGAAACACAGAAAGCAUAGAUGAAGCUCUCUCAGUCCUUUUAGCUGUGCUGAAGAUGAAUUGCCUUGUGUUCUUGGCGAUGGCUUUUCUACAGUCCUAUCAAAGCAAUGUAUCUUUAACGGCAGAAGGAAAACAUGUGGACUCAAUUGUGAAACUCUCCAGGACCAUGGCUCUUGAAUGUGUCUACCCAAAGAAUGCAUCUAUUUCUCAGAUAGAAUGGCAGAAGGAAGAGAAUCAAAGCAAAAGUAGCAUUGCAGUCUUCAGGCUACCUUAUGAUCUACAUAUAGAAAGCAGCUAUAAGGCCAGAAUCCUGGUCACUAAUUUUACCUCAAACAAUAAGACCUUGAUUUUCAGCAAAACCACUGAAGAAGAUGUUGGUUUUUACCAAUGUUCCUUUCAUGCUUUUCCAGAUGGGAUCUGGGAAAAGACGAUACAUGUUGUUCAAUCUGGGGCUUUUGAAUUUUCAAACUUGUCAAUUCAUCAUUUGAUUACUAAACCAGGAGAAAACGUCACUUUUGAAUAUCGGUCUAACUCUGAUGUAGCAGCGAUUCAAGUGACAUGGGAAAGAGUGCAACCUGACUGUAUAGAUUUUAUAAUCCAGUGUGUGGAUUCUGAAAUGCCAGUCUAUGGUUCAGAUUAUCAAAACCGUGUAGACUGUAUCUCUGAAAGUUCGAUUGUACUUUGGCAUGUCACAGCUUCUGACUUUGGAAUGUAUCGCUUUUCUUACAACAAGGUGAAUGGAGAAAAUGGAACUGGCUGGAUAAAACUGAUGAUUAAUAGCCAUGCACCUUUAUUUACUAAGCUGCAUAUGAUUUUUAUUGGAAGUGCUGCCUUUUUAAUCCUGGUUAUUGUGGUUAUACUUAUAUACAGAAGUUGUUGUGUCACCAAAAAGAAGAAAAGGAUUAAGAAGAUGAGAGACUACAAAACUACUUGUAGACAGAACCAGCAUCAAUACAAAAACUGGUCUGGUCAGGGCUCAGCAAAUACCAGUCAAAGUCCUACUGCAACAGAGGAUCCAAUAUAUGUCAACUGCAAACAGUUUAUGAAAAAGUGAGCUUAUUGCCUUAUAUAUCA